AUGGCACCAGAAAUAACGAGCUGGGAUGAUCUCACUCAAGUGUGGGAAAAAUGCAAUGACGAAACUGGGGAAACUCAACAAACAUCUUUCGCGUUGUUUGAUAGCAACGAAAGCUUCUAUUACGGCAUGGUUGAAAGUCCCAAAUCCGAGAUUACCUUUGAGCAGGUCACAAGCACCCUCAAGAGUGUUCCCGAUGAAGAGAUAUUCACACGGUGGCCGGCUUCCGGGAUCGAGUUGAUGCAAGCCCCAGCGACACUUAUCGAGAACUUCUACAUCAAGCGACCAAAUCCAGAAAUGUACAAAGUUAUGAAAGAACACGAUGCAUUGUCCCAACUCUCGGCAUCCUUGCUAGCAGAGGCUAAAGUCCUAGAGUCGCUAUCCCAGCAUCCGCACCCGAACAUAAUCCGCUAUUACGGUUGUCGGGUUCUCCGUGGGUACUUUAUUGGACUUGUAAUUGAAAAGCAUCCACACGAUUUGUACAGUUAUCUUAAGAACCGGGUCGGGACAAUUGACAAACGGCGUUUCAUUCCUGCCCUCGAGUCCUCUCUCCGCCAUCUUCAUGUACAUGGAUUAGCCCACAACGACCUGACUCCCCGCAACAUUCUGGUGAGCAAACAAGGCAUGCCUGUUUUGACUGAUUUCGCUGGAUGCCAGGCUAUCGGAACAUAUUUGAAGCAUGUUCGAGGGACUCCAGGGUGGAUAGAUGGAGAAAUCAAGGACCACAAUACAUCGAGUAAGGAGCAUGAUGUUUCUGCUUUAACCAGGAUCAGUAAGUGGUUGGACAAGCCAGUGUUUGAUCAAUGA